UGGAAGCGGUGAAUGAUUGGGUCAUUCAGCAGCAUGGAACUCCUCUGUUGGAGGACACUCAGCCCAAACCAGACGGAGUACUAAUGCGUAUCACCAAACGAAGAAGGGUGAAGCACAACAUGGCGCUGGAUGAAUGGAAGCAAAGUUUGAGCCUCAUUAGCCAGGCUAUGGAAGCUGAUGUGGUCGCAUGCUGUGAGUUAGCAGCCCGAUCGCUCCAAGAAAGCUGGGACAUGAGGGAUCAAACACUUGAAGCAUGUCAAUCUGUGCAGGAUCAAAGCAGCUCCGCGUUCACCGAUAUUCUUUCGUCAAGGGAUUUGCUUGAAUCCGAAAAUUGCAAGUCAAAAGAAAUCAUAGACCGACUGGAAAGUCAACUUUUUGCAAUUGAACAAAAACGUGUCACUGCGGUAAGGCAAUGCACAUUUAGUUUUUUCUCAUACUAAUCAAUCUCAAUGCAAAUGCGGCUGAUUUCAG